AAAAAGUAAACACUGGAACAGAACAGAACUGGGCUAAUCUCUCCGACCGCUGUUUAUCUCCGAUCUGCAAUGGCAAUACCAAUGCGGUUCGCUACUCCAAUCAAAUGCUACACAUCCCCUACAAUCUUCAAUUCCACCAAUGACCAUCACCACGCGCUUGACGCAUCUUAUAUCCAACGCGCCGCCGAGUUAUCCGAUAAGUCCGCCUGUUUCACCGCACCACACCCUAAUUUUGGUUGCGUGAUCGCCACAACUACCACCUCCGGCAAGGUUUUCGGAGAAGGCUACCUUUAUGCAGAAGGAGCAAAGCCGGCAGAGGUUCAGGCGGUGGAGGCCGCCGGAGAGUACUGCCGUGGCGCCACUGCUUACGUCAACAUGGAGCCUGGAGACUGCCAUGGUGAUUACACUGCUGUAUCUGCUCUUAUAAAGGCAGGAAUCAGUAGAGUUGUUAUUGGGAUGAGGCAUCCAUUACAGCAUCUUAGGGGGAAAGCUAUACAUACUUUGAAAAAUGAAGGGCUGCAAGUUGAUGUUCUUGGGGAAGAUAUACGAAGCGGCUCCAUCGAGGAUGCUUUGAAAGCCUGUCGCGUUGUCAAUGCUCCUUUGCUAUAUAGAUCAGCCUCUCAAGUUCCAUUCUCAGUUCUGAAAUACGCAAUGACCCUUGAUGGAAAAAUUGCUGCAAGUAGCGGUCAUGCAUCAUGGAUAAGCAGCAAAAAGUCAAGAUCUCGUGUUUUUGAAUUACGUGGUAGAAGUGAUGCGGUUAUCGUAGGAGGAAAUACUGUACGCAAAGAUAAUCCACGUUUAACUCCAAGACAUGGGGGUGGACAUUUACCUACGAGAAUUGUUAUGUCACAAACGCUUGAUCUUCCCGAGGUUGCAAAUCUUUGGGAUGUCAGAGAAGUACCGACAAUAGUUGCCACUCAAAGAGGUGCAAGAAGAAGUUUCCAGAAGCUUCUUGCAUCGAAAGGAGUUGAAGUAGUGGAGUUUGAUAUCUUGAAUCCCAAAGAUGUCGUGAAUUACCUUUUUGACCGUGGCUAUCUGUCAAUUUUGUGGGAAUGUGGCGGGACAUUAUCCGCAUCCGCUAUUUCCUCUGGUGUCAUACAUAAGGUGCAUGCUUUUGUUGCUCCUAAAAUAAUCGGCGGAAAGAACGCGCCUUCGCCAGUAGGGGAGCUUGGAAUGGUUGAAAUGACACAAGCUUUGGAGUUAAAUGAUGUUUCUUAUGAGCAGAUAGAACGUGAUAUGCUUAUUAGUGGAUAUUUGCAACCCAUUCCUGAUAUGAGGCCUGUUAUUCCUUCGGUUGAUGAAACCUCAGCCAUUGAUCCAUCUUUAUCUCCUUAUGAUUCACCGAUCAUAUUCUUCUAUAAGACAUGGGACUCAUACGGCAGUUUUUCUAACUUUUCACAUCAUCCUAUUAGACUGCCUGAUGAAAAUGGUCAUUAUGUCACUUGGUCAAGUGUAGAGCAUUAUUAUCAGGCACACAAGUUUGUGGGCUCAAGCAAUCCGGAUGCAAGAAGCUACGUUGAAGCAAUACAUUCAGCAAAAAGUCCUGAAGAAGCAGCAAUUAUGGGAAGGAAACUACAAAGGGAACACCCCGAUAUGGUAAGGGGCGAUUGGGAAAGUGUUAAGACAGAGGUGAUGUAUAAAGCGUUAAAAUGCAAGUUCUCAAUUUACCCACACUUGAAUUCAAUGCUUUUAUCAACGGCGGGUUGUGUACUAGUUGAAGCUUCUCCUCAUGAUCUCUUUUGGGGCGGGGGUCGCGAUGGUGAAGGUUUAAAUUAUUUAGGGCGGCUACUAAUGAAGUUAAGGUCUGAGUUUCUAGGUGAUGAUGACACAUAUUACGCUGAGGUUUCUGCAGGUUACCGUGAAUCCUAAUCAUAUGUGUAUCAAUUGUAAUGUGGGUGUAGCUUGUCUUUUUAACGUAAGUGCAUUUUCUUGCGCUAUAUUUGUACCAGUUAAUAAUGUGCAUACAAUGUUCAAUACU